AUGCUGGGCGAGGACGAGGACGGCUCCUCGAUGCCCCUCUCUCGCAUUGUAGAUAACAUCAAGACUUUCCUGUUCGCCGGGCACGACACGACAUCUACGUUGUUGUCCUUCGCCGUGGGCAUGAUCGCCACCCACAAGCACGUGGAGGACAAGCUGCUCGCCGAAAUCGACUCCGUGCUGGGCGACCGAUCGGAGCCCACCCACGACGACCUCUCUCGCUUCGUCUAUCUCAAGAUGGUGUUGAAGGAGACUCUGCGCAUGUUCCCGCCAGCGGCGACCGGGCGACGUUUGCCGAUGGGCUACCGCUUGGGCGACUAUGUCGUCGACUACCCGAAGACGGACAUCAUCAUCUCCUCCUACGUCGUGCAUCACGACCCCGAGUUGUGGGAGGACCCGGAGAUCUUCGAUCCCGAGCGGUUCAGCGAGGAGAACUCGAAGGGGAGGCAUCCGCUCUCCUUCAUCCCCUUCCUCGCCGGCAACCGGAACUGCAUCGGCCAGCUGACCUAUCGCAUCACCAACGUGUGCGCCAACGGCAUGAAGGUCUUCGUCUUCCAGCGCAGCCAGCCGGGUGAUGCUGGCCUCAACACCUGA